CAAUCACACAACCAAAUUUACCAACCUUAAACCAAUCAAUCAAAAGCUCUAUAUAUAUAUAAAGUAGAGAAAAUCCGAAGCAGAAAGAUCUCCGACUCUGUCUAGAAAUCGGCGCUGGACAUUGGUUUUUAGGAGAAACGAAGCUUCUUUUGCUUGGUUUGUUCACAUCGAGGUCUCUUUUUAAAGUUUAAACCUUUGUUCUUCCUCUUUAUAUAUAAAGAAAACCCAAUUCCUUCUAAAUUCUAUUCCGUUAUUUCUUUUCCCGUCUCUCUAGAAACCCUAUUUUACGAUUUUCGCUCGCUGAAGUUGAGAUUCGUCGUUCUUGUUUUCUUCCUGAAAGCGAAGAUGCGCAAAGGGAGUUCGAAGAAAUCGGGCCAGUCAAAUUCAAUUACGUCCACCGCCACGGAUCUCUUUCGGUCAGCCUCAAGUAAAGCAUCUUUGAAGGAGAUGGAAAGAAUCGAUAAUCUGUUUUAUUCGUAUGCGGAUAGGUCUUCGAGUUUGAUUGACCCAGAAGGAAUUGAAGCUCUUUGUUCAGAUAUGGAGAUAGAUCAUACUGAUGUUCGAAUCUUGAUGCUUGCUUGGAAAAUGAAAGCUGAGAAACAGGGAUACUUUACCCUGGAGGAAUGGCAUCAAGGCCUCAAAGCAUUGGGGGCUGACACUAUAAGUAAAUUAAAGAAGGCCUUACCAGAGCUUGAAAAAGAGGUGAGGAGGCCAUCAAGUUUUAUGGACUUCUAUAAAUAUGCUUUUAGGUAUUGCCUUACAGAGGAGAAACAAAAGAGUAUAGACAUCGAGAGCAUCUGCCAAUUACUCAAUCUUGUUUUAGGGUCCCAAUUCCGAGCACAGGUGGAUUAUUUCAUUGAGUAUCUAAAGAUUCAGAGUGAUUAUAAGGUCAUAAACAUGGAUCAGUGGAUGGGCUUUUACCGGUUUUGCAAUGAGAUAAGUUUUCCAGACCACAAGAACUAUGAUCCAGAACUUGCUUGGCCCUUGAUCUUGGACAAUUUUGUAGAAUGGAUGCGUGCAAAGCAGGCAGCCUAAAACCACACUAUAUUGGACCUGCCCAUACAUACACAUAAGCUGCCCCAGCAAGCACCUUUCCCUCUCUCUUUUUUUAGUUUAAUUUUUUUUUGUUGAGAUUUCCUGCUUCUGUGUAAUGAGAUAUGCUGGCGAUAGUGUUCAUACAUUCUCCAUUUUGCAAAAUUACAUUAACAAACAAAA